UGCAUGCUCUUACACAAUGAUAGUGCACGCUCUUACACAAUGAUAGUGCACGCUCUUACACAAUGAUAGUGCACGCUCUUACACAAUGAUACCGCACGCUCUUACACAAUGAUACUGCACGCUCUUACAGAAGGGUGCUGUGUAGCUAUGGCUUCUACACAAUGGUGUUGUGUACCUUAGAGUGUAAGGGCAGGCUGUGUUAUUACAGACUUAAGGGCCCUUCCUGAAGCUUAGCUUUGCUUCUUAUAAACAGUUUCUGUGGAGUAAAUCAGAUUUGUACUGAAUAGUUAACUGCACAUGCACUGGUCUCUUGCUGGGCCCCCAGCAGGUAUAGAAGGACCCAGGCAAGGAGUACAGCAAGUGGAUCCAUUUAGGGGUGAAGCAACACACAUUUUUUUUAGAACUCGAGGUUAAAGGGAUUUUUAAUGGACCAACUUAACCAGCUCCUAAACCAGCACGAUCAACAGAAAUCAAUACUGGUAUUUCCAUAAGGGAUGAGCAAGUUUAACACAAAGCCAGUUCUGAUGAAUUUCGACUGCAACUUCAACCAAAGACUGCCAGUUGGCACUAUUACCAUCCUGAAACAGGACCUCUAAAUUAAGAAUCAUCCCUGGGAGCACAGUGGUUGAUCUGUAGCUCUUUACAGUCCUGUAAGCGUGUCCAUCAACACAACGAACAAUGCAGCAAGCUGUGUGUGGAAUUUAGGGGUGGUUACAUUGGUGUAAACCUGGGCUUGCCAUCCAUACCUAUUACUUGAUACAGUCUCAAACACCAAUAAAACAGUCUUCUAGUGCUGGCUGAGCGUCUCUCUUGCUCUUUCUGGGGAUAUGAGUCUUGACCAGUGGCUUGAGUCUCCAGGUUGUGGUAAAUCCAGCAAAGUAAACUUAUAAAAUCAAAGAGCAUGUCUAACCUGAGAUCACAGAGCCUAUCGGGGAGUGUGAGCCAGGCGUGGGAGGAAGCUGUGGCUAUUGAAAUGAGUGCGAGGCACGUUCCUCUACAGCAGUGCAGCGCAGAGCAGAGAAGAGGAGGGUUACAGAGCGACUGGACGCACACACAGACACUCAGUGAGGGAUCGUUCCAGGGAAACUUGUCGAAAUGCAGCAGAACCUGAACUACGUGUAUCCCCAAAUCUUCUUGGUGGACCGCGGGGGGGCGGGGGCUCCUGGCCCAGAGACAGCGGCCCUGCCAGCCUGGCCAGUGCUGCCCCCGCAGCUGAAGCAGGAGAGGGGAGGGAGAGGGGGCUGCACUGCGCUCCUCCUCACCCUUCUGCUCCUCACCAUGGCUGGGCUGGGGCUCGGAGCGUACUACAUCCUGAGACUGCAGCAGGAGCUGACUGAGCUCCGACAGGGUUCCACAAGUACCAGCACCAGGAACCUGAUGCCAGUCCUGGAGAAACAAAUUGGACUGGCGGUGGAGAAAAAGGAAACCAAGAGAAUGGCGCAUCUGACAGUGAAGAGUGCCAGCGGGGGCUCGGAGACCCUGCUUUGGGAGCCCGUCGUGGGCAAGGCCUUCACGGAGGGCAUGGAGUACCGAGACGGAGCGCUGCUCAUCAACGAGACGGGUCAGUACUUCCUGUACUCACGGCUCCUGCUCCGCGGGACGACCUGCCCCCGGGACCGGGCCGUCGUGCACCGGGUGUUCAAGCGCUCGGGACGCUACCCCGCUGCCAUCUCCCUGCUGGAGGACCGCAAGCUCAGCUACUGCUCCGGGGAGCGCAUGUGGACUUCCAGCAGCUACCUGGCGGCUGUCGUGCAGCUGCAGAAAUUCGACCGCGUGUCUGUCAACGUGUCGGAGCCCCAGCUGGUCAGCCUUGAUCCCGCCAACACGUACUUUGGGAUUUAUAAGAUUUAACCGGAUUGGAGGGCGGGGGGGCGGCAGUCCUUGCAGCCAGGGAGGCCUGGAGGGAGGCUGUGCAUACCAGCAGACAGAGCUGAGGAGCCUGGGAGACCCCGGGUGAGGCUGGGUGUGGGUCUCGCUUCAGCCGUUAGUUCAUUGAGUCAGUUCCCCCCUGGCAUUUCCUUUGUGAGAUGGUGUGGAAGAGGACUCUCCUCGCAGUGUUAGGAAGCAGCAACAGGGAUGCAGUCUUUGUGUCGGUGCUGAAUCCAGAACUCACAAUCCAGCCACUGUUUUCUGUUACCUGCACAGGAGAGAGUGAAGGUCACUUCCUGGACUGUUGCAGGAUCCAACUUUUAUUCCACGACUGAUCCAGUGACGGCA